AUGGAGACACACAACUUCACCAUGGUGACUGAGUUCAUCCUGAUGGGCAUCACGGAUCGUCCCGAGCUACAGGCGCCACUGUUCGCACUAUUCCUCAUCAUCUACCUCAUCUCAACUGUGGGCAACUUGGGCAUGGUCAUCCUCACCACGGUGGACUCCAGGCUGCAGACCCCGAUGUACUUUCUUCUCCGACACCUGGCUCUCACUGAUCUUGGUUAUUCCACAGCUGUGGGACCCAAAAUGAUGUCAAAUUUUGUUACAGAACAGAAUACAAUAUCUUAUUAUUGCUGUGCCACACAGUUGGGAUUCUUUCUUGUGUUCAUUGCUUGUGAAUUAUUUAUUCUGUCGGAUAUGUCCUAUGAUCGCUAUGUAGCCAUCUGUAACCCACUGCUCUACACUGUUAUCAUGUCACAAAGAAUGUGUCAUAUACUGGUGGCAAUCCCCUAUAUCUAUUGCACAUGUGUGUCUUUUCUCAUCACUAUAAAGAUUUUCACUUUAUCCUUCUGUGGCAACAACGUUGUCAGUCAUUUCUACUGUGACAGCCUUCCCUUGUUAUCUUUGCUCUGCUCAGACACACAUGAAAUUGAAGUGAUAAUGCUGUUCUUGGCAGCCUUUAAUUUACUUUCAUCUCUUCUGAUUGUGCUUGUGUCCUACUUGCUCAUUCUCAUCACCAUUCUCAAAAUGACUUCAGCUGAAGGCAGGCACAAAGCUUUCUCCACAUGUGGGUCCCACCUGACUGUGGUCAUAGUCUUCUAUGGGACGUUGAUAUUUAUGUAUGUGCAACCCAAGUCCAGCCACACUUUUGACACUGAUAAAGUGGCUUCCAUCUUUUACACUCUGGUUAUUCCUAUGUUGAAUCCCUUGAUCUAUAGCCUGAGGAACAAAGAUGUCAAAUUUGCCCUGCAAAGAGCAAUGGAAAAAUGUGUAUCUUUCCUCAAACCUUGUAUAUGGUGUGAAUUCUAA